AUGGCAGUUGCCGAACUCAGCACAGGUGGAGCUCUCAAUGCUAUGAAAACAGAAGAGGGGAACGAUUCCGUUGACACUUUCAUCAAGCAAGCAAUACAAAAGGAGCCUCUUCUCUCUUUCUCAAGGACAGGUGACAGCCCAGUCCAGUGGAUCCAGUUACUUCAUGCCUUAGAUCAGCCAGACUCCUUUUGUGCUGAUCUCCCUGGUUGGCCCCUGCUGACUCCUCUGAAGGUUACAAUGAAGAAGUGCGAGAAGUGUUCCCGGGAGUUUUGUUCACCAGUUAACUACAGGAGACACAUUCGUGUCCACCGUCGAUCUUUAAAUGUCAAUAAGGAAUCUCACAAAAUUAAGGAUUUAUUGGCUGCAUUUUGGGAUAAGCUCUCAGUGGAGGAGGCGGCUAGGGAAGUUCUAUCCCUCAAGGAUGCAUCGUUAAAGGAAGUUCCUAGUUCCUCAGUUAUUAGGGCUUUGGCUUCCUCUCUCCGCCAGCCAGGUGUUUGGACUCUUCCACAGGUUUAUGUGAGAGCUGGCUCCUCAUUAUUGGAUAUUAUUCAAGCCAAUCCUUCCAGGCUUCCAAUAUCCUCACAGGAAUUGUUUAAUAUCCUAGACGAUGCUAGUGAGAAUACAUUCUUAUGUGCUGGUACAGCUGAGUCUCUUCAAAAAUAUGUUUUUGAUGAGGAAACAGCUAAACAUAGCCUUAAGUUGACGAACACCAACUGUUGGUAUGUAAAAGCAUGGGUGACUGACAAAGAUGCAGAGGCUUUAAGAUGUCAGAAGUUGCUUGUGGAGGAAGAAGAUGCUGCACAGAGAAGGCAAGCUGAACUAUUGGAGAGAAAAAAACAGAAAAGGCUUCGUCAGAAGGAACAGAAAACGAAGGAUCAAUUGAAUGGAUGCAAGGCAUACUUGAAUCUCUCUACUAAUGCACUAGAUGAUUCACUCUCUGCAGAAGCACCUGACCCUCCAUCUCCAUUUGAUUCCAAUUUGAAUUCUCCAGAAAUGCCAGUAAAUGUUGCGUCUUUCCCUGAACGCAUUCAGUUUCCAAGCAAAGAAAUAGAAGGUACUGGUGCUCAGUUUGAUUUCAGCAGCGAAAAUGUCGAUGAAGCCAAUUUCCAGACCGUUGAAACCUGGAUGAUGAACUCAGAUGGCCGUCAACAUUUAGCAACCAAUAGAUGGCAGGUGGCAAAGUCACAAAAGGGUGGUCGAAAUGGCUUUUACAUUAGUCACGAUCUUCAAGAAUUGAACCCUGAACACUCACAAAAGCUUACUCCUAAAGAUCAUGGUCCUCUACUUAACGGCAGCAGAGCUUGGACCAAGAAAUUUAAUGAGGAUAAUGAGGAAGAGAAAUCAAAACCUAGGUUGCAGGGAGAGACCAGUAACCAACAAAUUGAACAAAAUAGCUUCGAGGUGAUGAUUGGUUCUAUUUCCGUCACACUAAGAGAUCCUGAAGUGCAAGAUACUUGUAGCACCAAGCAUACCAUACCUAAGAAAAGUAAUAUUCUGGAGAAGCCAGUCAAACAUAGUCCUAGUAAGCUUUGGAUUCCCGUCAACCAGCAUGAAACUAGUGGUAUUUGGCCAGUCGACAAAGGUGAUGAAGAAUCUGGAGGGAGUGUGUUGGAUGAGGCUGGCAAUCAAACAGUGUGCAGUGACAGAUGUAUGCAAUUAUGCUCUGUUGACAGUGAUGAUCGAGAUGGUGGAAAUCACAGUGAUAUGUUUUCAGAUGGAAAUGCUAAACAAGGAGGUUUACCGUUCUGCAGUAUUGCUGCAAAAGAGUUUCUUGCACAGAGAUGGAAGGAAGCUAUCGCAUCAAAUCAUGUGAAAUUAGUCCUAUCGUCAGAGUUGGAAGGCACGGAAGACGACUGUUCAAUGGCAUCACAAACAUCAGAUCUUCAUGAAUGCGCUGUCAAUGGCAAUACUGAGAAGCAGCUCGUACGCCUAGAAGCUUCAAGUGAAAAUGCACAGGUUAAAUUUAGAAACAAAGGGUUCCAAUUUUACCCGUGGUCUUCUGUCAAAAGUUUUUUGUGGGGCGAGUAG